GGCGAGUAAAGCGAAACGAGCUUUGUAAUUUGAAAAGGAAAUCUUUUACUGGAAAUAGAAAAGUUAAAAGCGUAAAAAUAUUUGAAAAAGCAAUGUUCAACAAAUCCGCGCAGAUUACAAGCGUAUCUCCAAGAUAAUUAAUAUAAAAUCAGAAACUAAAACCUUUCCUGUCCCAGGAAUCCUGUUCAGUUCUACAUAUUGUGGAAGAUAGAUUUGGGUUUUAUAAACCCCCUUUUUGUAAACUACCCCCAGUAGUUACUACAGCUUUAUACAGACUUCAAAAAUAUGAUAACUGAUAGGAUAACCACGAACCACUUGACUCUGAACAAACUUGACAUCGACCCAAAAAUGGAUAACAAAGUGGACUCAAAAUUAGAUGACCUAGGAUGGAAAGCAAAAUUGAAAAUCCCUCCAAAAGACCGUAGAAUACAAACAAGUGAUGUGACUGACACUAGAGGUAAUGAAUUUGAAGAAUACUGCUUAAAACGUGAGCUCCUUAUGGGCAUCUUUGAAAAGGGAUGGGAGAAACCUUCACCCAUCCAAGAGGCAGCCAUACCCAUUGCCCUAGGAGGAAAAGACAUUCUUGCUAGGGCAAAAAAUGGAACAGGCAAGACUGGUGCCUACUCGAUACCAGUGUUAGAACAAAUUGACCCCAAAAGAGACUGCAUUCAAGCUUUGGUUAUUGUGCCUACAAGAGAGCUGGCAUUACAAACAUCUCAAAUUUGCAUAGAACUUGCCAAACAUUUACAGAUACGCAUCAUGGUUACAACAGGUGGUACCAAUUUGCGAGAUGACAUCAUGAGAAUUUAUCAGAAGGUACAAGUGAUCAUUGCCACACCUGGACGUAUUUUGGAUCUCAUGGAAAAGGGAGUUGCACAAAUGGACCAGUGCAGAAUCUUAGUAUUAGAUGAGGCAGACAAGCUCCUGUCACAAGACUUCAAAGGUAUGCUCGAUACUGUGAUCAAAAAUUUGCCGCACGAAAGGCAAAUUUUGCUGUUUUCGGCUACAUUCCCCCUGACCGUGGAGCAAUUCAUGAGGAAGCACUUGCAAAAUCCAUAUGAAAUUAAUCUUAUGGAAGAGUUAACGUUGAAGGGCGUCACCCAAUACUAUGCUUUUGUACAAGAGCGUCAGAAGGUCCAUUGUUUGAAUACUCUAUUUUCUAAGUUACAAAUAAACCAAAGUAUUAUAUUCUGUAAUUCAACGCAGAGAGUCGAGUUGUUGGCAAAAAAAAUCACCGAAUUGGGAUACUGUUGUUAUUACAUCCACGCAAAAAUGGCUCAAGCCCAUCGUAAUAGGGUCUUCCACGACUUCAGGGCUGGACUUUGCAGAAAUCUUGUUUGUUCGGAUUUAUUCACAAGAGGUAUCGACGUACAAGCCGUAAACGUAGUGAUCAACUUUGACUUCCCAAAAAUGGCAGAGACCUAUCUGCAUCGUAUCGGCAGGUCCGGACGUUUCGGUCACUUGGGUAUUGCCAUCAAUUUAAUCACGUACGAGGACCGGUUCGCGUUGCAUCGCAUCGAACAAGAAUUGGGCACGGAAAUCAAACCGAUACCAAAAAUUAUCGAUCCGAAAUUGUAUGUGGCUAAAUUGGACGAAUUGGAAGAUGCCCUGCUGGAAGCAGAAGACCAGGGCAAGUAACGAGCAAGACUUCUGAAAGAGAAAGGCGGCCUCGGAAAACGUAAUUUUUUGUAAAUAUGUACAAGACAAGUGGACAUUCAAGAGAUUUUUAUUUGAUAUCGUGGAGAAUUUACGUUUUAAUUUUUAUACGCAGAUGGAUGAAAAAUAGUUUUUUUUCUGGAAAUAUUUAUUAUAAGUGGACUGUUUGAUAAAGUAACGGAGUGUAACUUGUACGAAAACGCAUUGGUAAUUUUUGUAAAGUAUUUAAGAGGUUCAGGCAUGAUACUACAUUACUGCCUUUAUACUGUUCGCCCGCGCAUUAAAUUUAAAAAAAAAAGUAGUCUGUGAUAAAUUCAAAACUCAUUUUCUUCAUGUAAUAGUAUUAAAUUUUCAACAUUUUAGGCAGCGGGAGUGGUAUUUUUUUUAGAUAGGCUUUUGUUACCCAGCGCUCUAUCUAGAACUUGCCUAAAAUCUUUAUUAUUUUACAUGAAUUUCCAUUACAAGCCAGACAUUUCAUUAGGUGUGUUCUUAAACGAAAUUUUAACAUCAGAAUCUCCGUUCAUUUAAGAGCCACCAAUGAAAUUUUGUACAAGUUUAAAAUCUCGCAAUAUUUAAAAGUGAACGAACAUUAUUAUUGUGUGUUUAAUCGGGAGAAAAUGGACUCCAAAAAAAAAAAAAAAAGUGAAAGCUAAUCAUUGUAUCCACUGAAAUAUGUGGAAAGUAUAGUGGUUGACCAUUGUCAAUUUAAUUUUUCCUUGCUAGGAGAUUCUUAUUUUGUGUCUUGAAGCAAGUAAUCUCGUUACGAGAUUUUCAUGCGGAGACCUUUUUUAAAAGAUCUGUAAAACGUUGCCAAACAAUAAUUGUUAUUCAUAAUGGGGUUUUUAAAAUUGUCAAUUCAUUUUUCUCUGUGGCAACAGUGAUAUAGUGCUAGCUUCAAAAAAUUAGCUAGCCAAAUUUAACUAUCUGAACUUCAAUGUUAAUGCUAACAUAUCUAAUUUUUUGUUUAUUUUUUUUUGGGGGGUUAUUUAAAAACAAUCUAUGGGAUUAGAUGAUGGUUUUUAAUAGAAAUACACUGAAAAGAAUAUUACUGUAUUUAUAAGUUGAAAAAGUUUAUCCAUUUUUGGUGUUUCAAUCAAAAAUCUUUAUGAAUUUUUUAUCAGUAUUAAAAAAGAGAUUUCAAAUACUUUAUUCUUUUUAUAAUUAUUUAAAUAUUAGUUGUAUUGUGAUUUCUGUUGAUUAGAUAAUAUCUUUAUUCCUAUAGAUUGAAAUUGGUUGCGUGUUUACCAAAAACUUUUCAUUGUUUUAUUUUUUAUUUUCUUCAAUUAUUUUUGGGUAACAGGUUUUUGGUAUAGCAUGCAAUUUAGAUGAUGUAUUUUGUUAAAAAAAAACUUAAAAAAAAAACGUGAAGGGUAAUUUAUUUUCCUAUUUACACUACAUUGUUAUUGUGCAAUAAUUAUUUAUUAAAAAAAAAAAUUGUUCAUUGAUUGUAUAUUGUAACUUUUUUCAACUUUUUGUUUGCCAAUUAUAAAAUUCGAAAGUCACAAUUAAAGUCAAAAACUCUUCACACAAAUUUUUGUUUUAUUUCACUAUGUGUGGGGUGCUACGAGGUAGCAGGAUGAAAUUAGGUCCAAGGUUUAAAGAACUAAAAAAUUCGAACUGCUGAUAUUCAACUUAAAAAUUUAACUUCUACUGGGGUAAAGUGAAUCACCUGGAUGGGUUUUCAAAUUUAAAUGCACAGACUUCAUACCGUCAUAUUUCUGAGCUCUAUUCGCAUGAUAUUCAUAUGCAGGGUUGGAUGGGAAUAGGGGAUAGGGCCUACCAUUAUGUCCUCCUUCAGCGUGCACACAAGUAGGAUGCGAAAAAUGCUUUUCAGUUUUCAACACAACAAAUCGAUCAAGCAAUCGACUUACAAUGGAGAAUUUGGAUGCGUUGAUGAUAAUGAACUUAAAUACUAUUAGAUCACAUCUAGGAGUGAUGUCUAGGCCGCUAGACUGAAAUUUCCCGGCCCAGUUCGAAAAGUUCGUCCAACCCUUGUAACUUUUAUUUACUGAUGCUGGUGU